AUGUCGGGUCGGCCCAGGACCACAUCCUUUGCAGAGAGCUGCAAACCAGUGCCGCAGCCCUCUGCUUUCGGCAGCAUGAAAGUCAGCAGGGAUAAAGAUGGAAGUAAAGUAACGACAGUGGUAGCGACGCCAGGCCAAGGCCCCGAUCGGCCACAGGAAGUGAGCUACACGGACACCAAAGUCAUUGGGAAUGGCUCGUUUGGAGUAGUGUAUCAGGCCAAACUGUGUGACUCUGGAGAGAUGGUGGCCAUCAAGAAAGUGCUACAAGACAAGAGAUUUAAGAAUCGUGAGCUGCAGAUCAUGAGGAAGUUGGAUCACUGCAACAUCGUGCGGCUUCGCUACUUCUUUUACUCCAGUGGAGACAAGAAAGAUGAAGUGUACCUGAAUCUGGUCCUAGACUAUGUUCCAGAGACCGUGUACAGAGUGGCCAGACACUACAGCCGAGCCAAGCAGACUUUGCCGAUGGUUUAUGUCAAGUUAUACAUGUACCAGCUGUUCAGGAGUUUGGCCUACAUCCACUCUUUCGGGAUCUGCCAUCGGGACAUCAAACCCCAGAACCUGCUGCUUGACCCUGAGACGGCGGUGCUCAAGCUCUGUGACUUUGGCAGUGCAAAGCAGCUGGUGCGCGGAGAGCCCAACGUGUCCUACAUCUGCUCUCGCUACUACAGAGCGCCUGAGCUCAUCUUUGGUGCAACGGACUACACUUCCAGCAUAGAUGUCUGGUCAGCUGGUUGUGUGCUGGCAGAGCUGUUGCUAGGACAACCCAUUUUUCCUGGUGACAGUGGUGUGGAUCAAUUGGUUGAAAUUAUCAAGGUUUUAGGGACUCCGACUCGAGAGCAGAUCCGUGAGAUGAACCCCAACUACACAGAGUUCAAGUUCCCCCAGAUCAAGGCACAUCCUUGGACUAAGGUGGGUCAAAAAGUGUUUCGGCCACGCACGCCCCCCGAGGCCAUCGCCCUGUGCUCUCGCCUGCUGGAGUACACUCCCACCGCCCGCCUCACGCCCCUGGAGGCCUGUGCACACUCUUUCUUUGAUGAGCUGCGCGACCCCAAUGUCAAACUGCCCAACGGGAGAGAGAAGCCGUCCCUCUUCAACUUCACCACUCAAGAGUUGUCCAGUAAUCCCUCAUUGGCCUCCAUACUCAUCCCUGCUCACGCCCGCAGUCAGGCUGCAGCCUCCACUCCCACCAAUGCCUCUGCUACCACAGAUGGUAGCAGCACAGACCGAGGACCCCCGACCACCACGGCCUCUGCCUCCGCCUCUAACUCCACCUCCUGA